UCGGAGCGCGGGCGGGGAGAGUGACGCGCAACAUGGCGUCAGGCCUCAGGGAACCCUCUGCCCCGCGAUAACAGCCUGAGGUUAAACCCACGAGAUCCCGCGACCGACACCGGGGAGCGGUCGGUGUGUGUGGGGAUUAUUGUUAUGAUAACUCAGUUGGAACUGAGUCAAUUGAAGUGCAAAAUAUUUUAUAGCGCCUUUCAGCUGGGGAUGACAACUGAAAGCAAAUAACAGUGCUGGAUGGGCCCUUAUUUUGUCAGCAGGUACCAGUGCAAUAAUGCUGGUCCCAGCAAUGUUCCGUGCCCCACGGUAUUUUAUGUCCAGAGGACAAAGAAUUGCGUCAUCGUGUAAAUCUCCAGUUUGGGUUUCCCUGCGAUGGAACCACUCAAAACUCCGGCGUUACAAGGCUGUUAUUUUUGACAUGGGUGGAGUUCUGAUCCAGUCUCCAUACAGACUAGCUGCUGCCUGGGAACAGCAACACAAUCUUCCUGCUGGUUGCAUCUGGAAAGCUAUAUUAGGAUCUGGAGACAAGGGUGAUGGCUGGUACAGGUGCAUGCGAGGAGAGCUAACAUUGAAGGAGUUUGCAGACCUGUGCAGCAAAGAGAUCUUCACUGGAAGCCAAACCCCUGAUCCAAUCGGAGCCUUCUUAUCAGAGAUAGCCAGUCACCUGAUUGAGAAGCCCUGUCCGGCAAUGAGAGAAGCCAUCAUGUGCAUCAGGGCAGAGGGAUUGCGUACUGCUGUACUCACCAAUAACUUCUACCUCCACAAGAACCAGAGCUUCCUGCCUGUGGAGAAAUCUCUCUUUGAUGUGAUUAUCGAGUCGUGCCGGGAAGGAACUUGCAAACCAGACCCUAUGAUUUACACCCGGUGUCUGGAGCACUUAAAGGUCCGUCCUGAGGAAUCCAUCUUCCUAGACGACCUUGGGCAAAACUUGAAAACUGCGUCUCAGCUGGGAAUGCACACUAUUAAGGUUCAGGACAGUUCUGCAGCCCUGCAGGAGUUGGCAGACAUGCUGGGGUUCCCACUACAUGGGUAUGUGGAGGGCACGCGGGCUGUACGUCAGGGCAUGGAAAUUCCUGUGGACAAGCUGAAGGAAUAUCUCCAGACAGCUCUGGGGCAAAGCUCAAUGGAACCAUUGAGUCUGCGGCAGUUUACGCACGGACAGUCCAACCCCACAUACCACCUGCAGAGCGGUGACCGACAGCUGGUCCUGAGGAAAAAGCCACCUGGAAAACUGCUUCCAUCAGCUCACCUGGUGGAGCGAGAGUAUAGGGUGAUGAAAGCUCUUGCCGGGAUGGGAGUCCCUGUCCCAAAGCCACUGGCCCUCUGUGAGGAUCCCAGUGUUCUGGGCACCUCCUUUUACCUGAUGGAGUACUGCCCAGGACGCAUUUUUAAGGACCCAUCACUGCCGGGGUUAAACCCGAGUCAACGGAGAGAGAUCUACACAGCCAUGAACCGGACUCUCUGUCAGAUUCACCAGGUUAACAUCCAGGCUGCUGGGCUGGAGGAUUAUGGCAAAUACGGUAACUACAUUGAGCGUCAGGUGCGCACUUGGAGUAAGCAGUACAGAGCGAGUGAGACUCGAACGAUCCCGGCCAUGGAGAGGCUCAUACAGUGGCUCCCGGACCAUCUCCCCACACAAGAGACCACCACAGUUGUGCACGGAGAUUUCAGGCUGGACAACGUGGUGUUCCACCCUGACAAGCCGGAGGUGCUGGCUGUGUUAGACUGGGAACUGUCCACGCUCGGCGAUCCCCUCUCCGAUGUGACCUAUAAUUGUUUAGUGCACCAUCUGCCACCAGAUUUCCACCUCCUGAAGGGACUGAGUGAGUACGACUUGGCAGAGAUGGGAAUCCCAUCCGAUGAGGAAUACCUCUCUCUUUACUGUGAGAACAUGGGAAUCAGGUCUGUUGAAAAUUGGAAUUUCUACAUGGCCUUUGCCUUUUUCCGAAUUGCUGCCAUCCUCCAGGGUGUCUACAAGCGAUCACUACAAGGACAGGCAAGUUCAGCCGAGGCAGCAGGGGUUGGGAAGCUUGCUGAGGAAAUGGCUGACUUGGCUUGGGUGUUUGCCACAAAAGAAGGUUUCCGCAUCUUCAAAUCGAUUCCGACUGGAAACCCGGGAGUUCCGUUGAGGAGCUUCGCGACGUGGAGCAGGCAGAGUUCGUCAGCGACACAUGUAUCAUCCUCGUUUGAUAUCAAAGCCCCCAGACACCCAGCUGUAGCAAUGGCAUCUGCUCCCAAAGGUCAUCUGAUUGUUUCCGCUGAGAGUCUGCCUGUCCGGGUGCAGGAGUUACAUCGCACACUGAGUACCUUCAUGGACAAGCAGGUGCUCCCCUUGGAGCAGGAGUUGAGAGACUACCAGAGCUCUGACAAUCGAUGGAUCCCAAACCCCCACAUAGAAGAGCUAAAGAGGAAAGCUAGAGAGGACGGACUCUGGAACCUGUUUCUACCUCUGGAGGCGGAUCCCAAGAUCGAAUACGGAGCCGGAUUAACAAAUUUGGAGUUUGCUUACCUCUGCGAAGUCAUGGGCAGGUCACUGCACGCACCGGAGGUGUUUAACUGCUCGGCGCCAGACACGGGGAAUAUGGAGGUGCUGGUCCGAUAUGGGACCGAAUCACAGAAGAAACAAUGGCUCUUUCCACUGUUGGAUGGGAAAAUCAGAUCGUGUUUCGCCAUGACUGAGCCCCAGGUGGCCUCCUCGGAUGCUACAAACAUUGAAGCCUCAAUCGUCGAGGAUGGAGACUUUUACAUCCUCAACGGCCACAAAUGGUGGACCACAGGUGCCCUUGAUCCUCGCUGCAAACUCUGUGUGUUUAUGGGAAAGACCGAUCCCAAGGCUCCGCGACAUCGGCAGCAAUCCAUGGUUCUGGUUUCUAUGGAUACACCCGGGAUUCAGGUUCUCCGUGCCCUCUCCGUGUAUGGGAUGGAGGACCCGCCAGGAGGACAUGGGGAGCUGCUUUUUGAAAAUGUCCGUGUGCCGAAGGAAAACAUUCUGCUGGAGCCUGGCCGAGGGUUUGAAAUCGCCCAGGGUAGGCUGGGCCCCGGAAGGAUACACCACUGCAUGCGGCUCAUUGGCAAUGCAGAACGAGCAUUGGAACUCAUGAAAGAACGGGUGAAAACUCGAAAUGCUUUUGGGAAGCCACUCGCUGAGCAGGGCACUAUCAUGGCAGACAUGGCUCACUCCCGGGUUGAGAUCGAACAGGCACGGCUGCUGGUGCUGAAAGCAGCACAUCUCAUGGACACCGUAGGAAACAAGGCAGCUGCCCCUGAGAUCUCCAUGAUUAAACUCUUGGUGCCUAACAUGGCUUUGAAGGUCAUUGACCGUGCAAUUCAGGCAUUCGGAGGAGCGGGUCUCAGCAGUGACUACCCCCUGGCAGAGUACUUUGGCUGGGCUCGUGCCUUACGACUUGCUGACGGACCGGAUGAGGUUCACAGGACUGCCAUCGCCAAACUAGAAUUGAAACGUUGACACCCACAGAGAGUAGGUUUGGGACUGUGAUGAAUUAAAAUAGCCACAGGCUUUAAGGGACACUAAGCAUUUUACAGUACAAAGCGAAUCAUGAAAGUACGGUACUUGUAUUCUUCCUUUGAGUUUUGUUUUGGUUUAUUCAAAAAGACUCACCAAUAAUAACACUGAUUAUAUAAUGAUUACAUAUUUUCUCUCCUGAUGUCAUUCUGUAGAUGAGCACAUACGUUCACGAUCUUUCAAUAUAUUUUGUAACUGACAAUUUGGCCAUGUGGACUUGGUGUAUACGGAAUUUCUGAUAUAUUUACUUUGUGAAAAUAAAAGCUAUUAAAAUCUAUUUUUAAAGAAUAAAGGUGAUCCAGAGGAGUUCGGAACAAA